UUCUCCACAAACCGCCUCGAGCUCCUUGUUAUCACAGCCCAUCCCCUUGAGAAGCUCUUUAGCCAUGGCUACAUCACUUGCCAGCGACCCGCAGCGCGUCGCCAGCAUCCUGCUGUCGCGACACUCGCUCGAGCUCGUCUCCUGCACCACCCUCCAGAGACUCUGGGCAGGAUACGGACAGAUCUGCGCCAUCAGCGCGCGAGCCACUACAGACAGUGCAGCAGAGCAUCUCAGCAAAGUCUGCGGGCUGGCACCCAAGGGCGCUGCCGGGUCGGUGUACCCGCUUAUCCUGAAGCUCAUCUCGCCGCCUGCCAAGCGCGGCGCCAAUGAGGAUGAGGGCCAUUUGCGCAAAAUCCUGAGCUACGAGGUGGAGCAGUAUUUCUACAGUGAAGUCGUUCCGCUACUAGGUGGUGAGCCUGCCGUGGCUAAUUGUCUUGUUUCGACGCGUGAUGUGCAGGAUGAGGAGCUGGACGGGCUCAUGGCUACGAUCAUGGUCGAUCUACGACCUAAGUUCCCCGUUGCUGGCGAAAAGAGGAGUGUGUUGAGUCGCAGGCAGGUGUAUGGGGCGCUGGAUUGGUUGGCUGGGUUCCAUGGUCGUUCAUGGGACUGGUUGCCCAAGGACCUCGAUCAGUGUGUGUUGCCGCCGCUUGAAGAAUCUCGGAGACGGCAAUCUACCGGCAAGACAGGUGGUAGGGGACUGUGGCUGAACGGAGGUUAUACGUAUCUUGCGACGCGACGGAAAGAGUACGCCAGUUUGGUAGAAGAUACGGAUUCGGAGUGGUCUGGUGCCUUGUGUGGAGUGCCAGAAGGAUCCUCACUCUCUGUCGCUGAGAUGGUCGCCUUGUUCCUGACGCCGUGUGGGAGGUCGGUUGAGUCGUACAUCCAUGGCGAUGUGAAGUCAGAGAAUCUCUUCACGACCAAUGAUGGCGACAAGGUGGCGUUCUUCGACUUCCAGUACGUCGGCCUAGGUCUGGGAGUCUGUGACCUCGCCAAACUGUUUACCUGCUCGGUGCCCCUGGACCUCCUGGUUGAUGAUGCAGACGAACUGUUGCCUGAGCAACUUGAGAUGCAGAAUGGCGAGCAGGAACUACUCCAGCGCUACCGGUCGAGCCUCCUUCGGGACGAGGCAUCAGAUCGGUACGACUGGGAGACAUUGAAGCGACACUGGGAGACAGCCCUGGUUGACUGGUGUAGAUUCCAGGCCUCCUGGGGAUUCUGGGGGAACACGGAAUGGCUCGAGGCACGAGUCAGAUCGAUUUUGAGCGACCAGCAGUGGAGAGACUGGCUGCAUCGGAGUAUAAGCAGUCAAUCUGCAUGAGGAUGAUAGACAUAGAAUAGACAUCUAAGCAAUGGUGAACCCGUCGACUGGAUGCAAUGAUAGUUGAAUCACCACCUCAAGACAGUGUAUUACCC